AUGGCGCAACAGAUUUCAUUCGAUUUUCGACUUCUGCUUGUCGAAGAAAACGAUCAACUUUCAGAUGAUGAGCGGAAAAAACUACACUUUUUAUUUCAUCGUAUUGUUCCGCGCGGUAUUCGAGAUGAUCACACUCUGGGAGGCACCCUUCAAUUGUUCGAGACACUGCUCGAUCGAGCAUUGAUGAGUGAGACAGAAUUUGACAUCUUAAUUCGAGCUUUUGAUGGAAUUGGAAAUCGAUAUGCUGCUCAACGUCUCAAAGAGCAUCAACAUUUGUUGCGACAGAAACCAAAGCAAGGACCGGAAGCGAAUUCGGAAGAUAAAUCGCAAAAUUCAUUGUUGCCAACAUUGAUGUUUGACACUAUUGAAGAUAACGAUGAAGAGGAUAAGCCACAAACAUGCGAUCACACGUCGUCACUUCAACAAUUAAUUGAAAGCCGUCGAGAUGAUCCAAACGGCAUUUUCAAUGACAAUAUCGUAAACGAUGCAAACAUCUGUCUUCUUGCCGAAGAGUCUCGACGAAAUACUCAUAGAUGGCAUACAUUGAACUUGUGGAACAACAAUAUAGGACCCGAUGGAGCUGUUUAUAUCAAUCAAAUUCUACAAAAUUCAAAACUUACCUCUCUUCACCUUGGUAGAAAUUACUUGAGAUCGAAAGGCUUAGCGAAACUCAAUGCUCUUAACAAGCAUCAUUAUCUAACCGAACUUGAUUUAUGGGAUAAUAAAAUCGAUGACGAAGGUAUCGAAGCUUUAGCCACACUGCUUCCGACAACAGUUCUUCGCAAAUUAAAUCUUGGUACCAAUGAUAUUGGAGAUAAAGGAUGUCAAGUUCUCUUUGCUAAUCUUCCUCGGUCGUUGAUUGAUCUAGAUCUCUUUUCAAACAGGAUUUCUGAAGCAUGUCUUCAAUCAAUCUUGGAAGCAAUUCCAAAAUCCAGGCUUCAGAAAUUGAAUCUACAACAUCAACAAGUUGAUCGUUGGAGUCAAAAGAGCCAAGAAGACUUGAAACGUGUUGGCCAAUAUAACUCAUGUCAAAUUAUAAUUUAA